AUGUUUGGACGUCAUGUUGGAGAAUCCUCUGUCAUUGAACCCACCAUCAAUGCUGCCUGUCAAGUGGACUGGCCCAAGGACAAACUCUGCAUUGAGAUUCUCGAUGACUCGAGCGAUAAGACCAGUGAAAUCAUUGAAACCAUUGGUGCCCAGUGGAGAGAAAAGGGAGUCAACUGUGUUCGGCUUACGCGCCCCAAUCGCAUUGGAUACAAGCUCGGGAGUCUCCACGCACACAGUCCAGAUGUACAAGGCGAGCUUGUCGCGCUCUUUGAUGCCGACCAUCGCUGCGAACCAGACUAUCUACGCAAGGCCAUUCCGCACUUUUUCAACAGGGAUGGAUCUCCACGGACCAAGAUUAGAUUGGUGGCCACACCCUGGGCGUACUACAAUACCCAUCAAAACUUGCUCACCGAGUAUGAUUCGCUCGUCUUGGACUACGUCUUUGGCGUCGACCGGGUCGGAUUGGCGGGAGCUCAAAACCUUUUUGGAUUCAAUGGGACCGGUGGAGUUUGGCGACAGGCCGCUAUCGAUGUUGCGGGUGGAUGGAAAUGGGAUACCGUCACGGAAGAUCUCGACACGUCCAUUCUCGCACACAUGCAGGGAUACGAGUUUGUCUACCUUCGCCACAGUCCCGAUAUCGCCUUGAACGUCAAGCUCGGAGCCGUCUUUCAUCUCACCGUUUCCAUGACCUACCCCAUUGCCCUCGUUUCCGUCCUCCUAAAACCGGUCGUGGCCAGCUUUGGAGCCUUCACUUUGGGACUCUUGCUCUACGUCAAGGGAUUCAACACCUUUGUCUUUGUCCUGGGCAUUCUCACGGCAUCCUUUGGCAAGGUCUCGCGCAAUGGACACUACCAGUCCUUUUGGUCCAGAUUGGCACGGGCCGUCUGCAUGCUACUGCACUACCAGAUCCAACGGAGUCAACCUCUACACAAGAACGAAACGGAUAGCGUGGUCGUAUCCGAAACAAACACCAACGACAAAACCAAGCAAGACAAUAACUCCAAGAAGAAGAAGAAAAAGUCCUACGAGAACGAACAUAUCAAGGCUAUCUUGGGACUUGUCUUUGCAGUCUACGAUUGGAUAUGGAUUGCCAUCAAUGUCCGGUCCCGUGCCGUCACCGAAGAUCCCAUUGCCAUUUUCAUGGGCAUCUUCGUGCCACUUUUGGCGUCCAUUGGAUAUACGUACAUGCAAGGCUUGUUCCUCUACGAACUCGUCUUGCGGUACCUCGAAAAGAGAAAGCGGCAGUCCAAAGCCUUCCAAGUCCUCCAACCCCUCAAUAAGGGCGCGGCCACCCGUCAGAAUGACAACAUUGCCAAGAAAACCAAAGAAGGCCAUCUUGCCGAACUCUUUGAUAACUCGAGCACACACGACGACAUAUCCGAACACACUGCCUAUAGCUUGUUAGUUGGCGUGAUGCUGCCACCAGACAGCAUACAGGUAGCAGAUUCGACUCGUGAACAUUUUAGGAGUCGAGUGCUCUCGUUGGAUACCCCCUUACAGCCAGACCCACCGGCCAUUUUGAACUAG